AGGAAAAAAAAAGUUGAACUUCUUUUCCGCGAUGCGAAAUUUAGUGGGGCUACGAAUGUAAAGGUCAAAUUCCAAAUGCGAAAGCGCAAAACUCAACAAACAACGCUUUCCCUCCUCUCUUACGAUAGAGGAUAAAGCAAUCACGAUGCGGUCAACACAGUCGGGACGAAUAGUGAAGUCCCAAAAGGGAAAGGGAGGAACUCCUCAUCAGAAAAAUCAUAGAUGGGAAUCUUUCACUACCAAGAUUUCCAAGCUUCAUUCCCUCGACCCUCUCCGAAGAGUACGUCGACAUGAUCUCGAUACCGAGAAUCUCGAAACCACGACCUCCUACUUUCGAAAUUCCAUAGAAAAAUGGGCAGAUAUCAAUAUAUCCAAAUCAUUCACAUCAUUCCGUCGCGAUGUACGGCCCUUUUGCGACAGUCUGCCUCAAAUCCUCCAUUUCGAAGACAAGAUUGUCGAAUUAUUAGCCAAAUACAUUUCGACACACGAUAAAGAGUCACUUGAACCUCUCCUAGAGCUCGUAACUGCCUUAGCACAUGAUUUGGGUACACGAUUUGAGAAACAUUACAGGACUACGUUGGCGUUAAUCACUGGAAUCGCGAGCCGGCCUCAAGAUGCUGCGGUCAUUGAAUGGACCUUCGGCUGCUUGGCUUUCCUCUUCAAGUAUCUGUCAAAGCUUCUGGUUCCAGACAUUCGGCCGACUUUUGAUGCCUUAGCACCGUUACUGGGUAAAGCUCGGAAUCCUCCCCAUAUCGCUCGCUUUGCGGCCGAGGCGUUAAGCUUCCUUGUCAAAAAGGCCGCGGCACCUGCCAACCGCGAGAAGUCUCUGUCUCUGUUCAUUGAGCAUGUCAGAUUAGACCUUGAAGCUAGUAGGGAUAGUAAACAGUUUGGUCUAUAUCACCAUGGGUUGAUGACUAUGUUUGCGGAGGCUGUCAAAGGCCAGGGACACGGCAUACAUACGACUGGUCCUGAAAUCAUCAAAGCAUUAAUCGUUUCUGUCCCAAACGACGAGUGUAUCUCGUCAGAUCCUGUAACGUGGGCAGACCUCGUUUGUGGCGUGCUGGUGAGCACCGUCCACCACACAACUCCGGAAACAUUCGAGUCUAUCCCCAAAACUAUAGUCGAAAUAGCUACCGAAGACCAAGCGUCUGCCAAGCAUCCUUUGCGUAACUGCCUCUAUGUUAGAAUUCUGGGAACAAUAUCUGGAGUCCGAAUGGGUAGCCGGAUAGUAGACUGGCCAUCUAUUCUUAAUUGCUUACUGCAAUCUCUCAAAGCUCUGUCCCAAACUCCGAACGAGCUUGAGAAAGUUAAUUCGUCAGCUAUCUGGCAACAACUUAUGGUCAACAUAGCUAUUGUAUGGCAGCAGCCCUCGACGGAUCAUAUCAUUCCCUAUAUCAACGAAUUCACGAAUAUCAUGACGAGAGAGCCCCUGAUGAGAUGGUUCAUACCAUUUUGCUCAUACUUCUCCAGUCUAAAUCCAAACAGAUUCCGCAGUCUUCUGCUGAAACAAUUUCAAAAAUUUGUUGUAACUCAUUGGUCCGAGGGACCGAACGAGGACAUGCUUUGUGUCUUCCUGCCUCGAUUGGUCGGAAAUCGAUCGCUUCCAUCAGUCACUGAGCCUGAUAGCUUCUUAUUGCCACAAUCCUGGCAAGAUCAAAUUGUCACCAAAUUUGAGCGAUUAGAAAUUUCCCCCUUUCCCGAGCAAGGAAAUUCCACUGGAUAUGAUAAAGACCCCAAAACAUGGCAUGAUAGAUGUUUGCCUAAAUACUCUGCCCUUCUCCGUGUUUUAGAAGCUACAACGGUUCGGCCUUCAACCAACGGUCCUAUUGCGCAAAUACUCCUAAGGAAGCUCAAGCUUGCACUGAAGCCUUCCUUGUCAUUAGCAGGCGAGGAAGCAAACUUCAUUGUCAGUCAAGGAUUUUCUGCAUAUCUGCGAAUGAGUAAGGCUGCUGGACAGAUUGACCCUUCCCUUGCGCCUUUACUUAAGGCAGCUACUCCUCGAUAUCGCCAACUCACUGGAUUUUUGGAAGCCCUGAUAACCUACGAAGAUCAGCUCAACCAAGAGAAGAGCCCCCAGUCCCAGAGUGGAAGGAGUCCUAGCAGCGAAGGAGAGGAAGAUCCCUUCCUUAAGAGCCUCGUUGAUAAUCUCUCUAGCCCUUUACGCCAGCAUCGAUUGGCAUCUUUGCAGUUGUUAAGCCGACUUGAUACGGCCCCAGACGAACUAGAUUCUUUAGCAACCAUGAUUCAGACGGAAGAAACCCCAUUAGAAUUUCAGAACGUUCGACAUCUCUCUGUACAUAUUCGGAAGUUGGCGGCGAACUAUCCACAACUUAGCAAGGAGUCGUGGCUUCGACAGGCGAUUCCUACGUUUCUAUUUGGGCAAAUGACGGUACGCUUGGCCCCUGUAUGCGAAUCAGCGGUCGAAGCAUUGCAGCAAAUCAGUGAGGUGAAAUCUGGCGAGGAAAUAAUUUCUGAGAUUUCGUUGAAUUGGAUUAAUAUACCAUCCAAGAGAUGGGAGGGCCCCCAGAAGGAGACGAUAUCAUCGAAUACUGGUGCCACGGAUUUUGAAUGUGGAUACCUGUCAAGUCUUUAUAGAAAUGCAGAAGAAGCAGAGCAUGUGCUUAGUUGCUCCUCGGAGAUUAUGCUAGAGAGCUUUGGAUGGAGCCAGAGUCUGGUGCCCACGACACCUCCCAACGCACGAUCCCAGGCACUCAAAAUACUCUCAGCGGCCCCUGCUAUAGCAGAGAGAAGAUCGCGCAAGCUAGUGCCAUACUUGCUGUCGUGGACUAAGGACGCAGGCGACCAGGAAGAUCAGGACAACAAUGAAAUAGAACCUUCCGAACAGAUCGCUAUUGGAUCAUGGUCUCUCUUCGACAAAAAAGCUCUCCUUGGUGUAUUUGCGCAAUUUACCAACCCUAAGGUAUUGUACCAGAGUCAACAAGUGUAUGAUACUCUUCUUGGAUUACUUGCCAAUGGCGAUAUAGAGAUACAGAAAUCUGCUCUAAAGGCCAUCCUGGCGUGGAAACAAGAGGGUGUUAAACCCUACCAAGAAAACUUGGAGUUUCUUCUGGAUGAGGCAAGGUUCAAAAAUGAGCUUACUGUACUAUUUCAAGGCGACCAGCAAAUUCAGCCGGAACAUCGUUCUGAAAUGAUGCCUGUACUCCUAAGGUUACUCUAUGGCAGGACGAUUUCUAAAAAAGGCGCGGCAAGUGGGCGCCAUGGUCUUCAUGCUACUAGGCUUGCUGUGCUAAGACAGCUUACUGUUGAAGACAUGGGAGAAUUCCUUGAUGUUGCUCUUGGUGAACUCCGUGGCAUCAAACCCGUUCAGGAUGCGCAGCUGUGCGAGAAUAUCUUCGAUCAAGAAUUACUAACACCACGAAAACAAGUCGGAUUCCUCAACAUGAUGGAAUCAAUGAUCAAUGAACUUGGUACUGGUGUCAUUGCCCACACAGAUAAAAUCCUCAAUGCGAUACUUUACUGUCUUGUCCUUUCGUGUCGAGGACUCAGUCAACAUGAUGGAGACACAGAUGAAGAUUUGCCCACGCACAGCUCCUUGCUUCGUGUCAUAAGAAGCACAUCACUGAAAUGCCUGAUAUUGCUCCUUCAGAAUGCACCGGGCUUCGAUUGGAACCCUUACAAGGAUGUGUUUAUCAAAGAGGUUGUGAGCCCACGUCUGGAAAAGCUCCCAACCGAAACCACCCAAGGUAUAUCUGGCACCUUUCAAUUCCUAUCAACAUUAUCACAGCUUCCAAAGACUGCUUUGUUCCUCUCUGUCGAUGAACGAAUCAUUGGCAAGCUCAUGGGAUGCUUAAAACUCGAGAAGACCAAAGACGAAGUCAAAAUCUUUGCGUUGGGUAUCGUACGCAGUUUGGUAGAGCUUUCCCAGCAGCCGGCUGCACAGUCCGAGUUCAAUGAACUGAUACAAGAAGAGAUACUUGACCGCAACGUCAACGCAAUUUUAGAGAGCAUCGGCGUCGUCCUUAAGCUUCAGGGGGAGGUUGGGAGGGAUCUACUCUUGGCAUGUGUUGAGACUGUGGUGGAAUUAUCUCCCAUCAUUCAAAAGUCGACUCAUGUUACCGACCUCGUUGACAUUUCGGUAUCACUUCUCAACCAGCCAUCAAGACGUGUGAAUCCUAGAGCUAAGGGACUUGUGCUUUCUAUGCUUCAAAGAUUCAUCAAGCUUGCAGGAGCUGAUCUUGACGCUGGAUUAAGAAACCGUAUCUACUCAACGAUUUCAUCUCUCUUUGGCUUCUUCAGGGACCGAACGAAUCGACAAAUGCUAUCGAAUAUUCUAGCAGUAUUAUACGAAGACGACAAGCUGUGUUGCGAGUUAUCUAGUCUCUGCGCAGAUCUGAAUUCUUUCAACGAGAGACGUGUCGACGAGCCAGAUUAUGAGAAGCGGCUAGCGGCCUUCAACGCCAUCUUGCAGCCAAGAAGCAUACCGUUUACAUCACGCGAUUGGGAGCCGCUGGUAUACAACAUGAUCUUUUACAUUAAACAUGACGAGGAAUAUGGGAUUCUGUCUGCAAACUCAGCUGAUUGCCUAUGCAAAUUUGUUGAAAGUGCCUCAUGCUCAACGGACGAGGAACAGACCAAAUUUCAAGAUAUGAUCUCAAAUAUCUUGAUACCGUCUUUUCACUCCAAUGCACGGGAAAUAUCGGAGACAGUAAGAAGAGAGACAGUGAGAGUUUUCGGAUGCUUAAUAUCAAAGAUGCCAUCAUGGCCUCCUAUUGCUGAUCUUGUGGCAAUUAACCUUCCGCCCGAUGAAAAUGAUCCGGAUCCAAGUUUCUUCAACAAUAUUCUCAGUCCUGCAACCGCGAGACAGAUGCGAGCCCUCCAACUCCUAUCUAAAGUCAAUCACCACACACCUUUGAACAGCAAGAACUUGACUCACUUCUUCGUGCCCCUCCUUGAACACUUUAUCUUUAGUCGAGAAGAGGGAAGUGAUGAUCAUGGAGUGGGCGCUCAAGCAGCGACAACAAUCGCUGAUAUAGCCUCAUCGCUCGAGUGGCCGCAGUACCGCGCUAUACUGCGUAGAUAUAUUACCUACAUCGAGUCUAAGCCCGAACUUCAAAAACAGUUGAUUAGAUUACUGGGAAAAUUUGUGGAUGCACUCGCAACAGCGACUUCCGAGAAGAACCAGGAUGCAAUGGAAAUCGACUCAAACUCCGUGGAACCAUCGAAAAAGUGCAAGCUAGCCACUACAAUGCCAAGUCAUGAGAAGUUAAACGAGGAUGUCACUACUAACAUCUUACCGCCUCUUUUACAAUAUAUCCACGAGAAAGAUGAAACCACAGUCAGCUCACGUGUUCCGGUUGGAAUUAUUAUAGUGAAGAUUCUGAAACUCCUCCCGAACGAUACACUGAACCAGAAACUACCUGGUGUUCUUACAGAUAUUUGUCAUAUUCUACGAAGUAAAGCUUGGGACUCGAGAGAGAUGGCGAGGAGCACCCUUGCGACGAUGACCUCGCUUCUAGGAUCAUCAUACUUUGGCUUUGUUCUUAACGAGCUGAGAGGCGCGCUCACAAAAGGAUACCAACUUCACGUGUUAUCCUACACAAUGCAUACCAUAUUGGUUCACGUCAUCCCUCAGUUUCAGCCCGGGGAUCUUGACUAUUGUCUGGACAUGAUAGUCAACGUUAUUAUGGAUGACAUAUUCGGUGUUGUAGGGUUGGAAAAAGAAGCAGAUGAGUAUACAAGCUCAACGAAGGAGGUCAAGAGUAGCAAAAGUCAGGAUUCAAUGGAGCUUAUCGCACGAACUGCUUCUAUCAGCCAUCUAGUUGAUCUUGUUCGCCCCCUUCAAGCACUCCUACUUGAGAAACUGGAUCUGCACAUGGUUCGAAAGAUCGACGAUCUUUUGUCAAGGAUUGCUUCUGGAUUACUUGGCAACGCCGCUGCCGCUAGCCGUGACACUUUGGUAUUCUGUUAUGAAGUUAUCCAAGAAGUGUAUGAAAGUGCGAAGCCUCGAGUAGAGCAAAGGCUAGACCCCAAGCUCAGACGUUAUCUUAUCCAGAAAGGCGCCAACAAAAGCGGCGGUCGCAGUAGCACCAGCAAAUACACGUUCAAGUUGGUACGAUUUGCCAUUGAGAUAUUGCGGUCCGUGCUGAAGAAGUACGACAACAUUCGCAAUGCGGCUAAUAUCAUUGGGUUCAUCCCGAUCCUUGGCGAUGCGCUUGUUGGGGGGGAGGAAGAAGUGAAAAUAGCGACAUUCAAACUUCUGACCGUGCUCGUCAAGGUUCCAUUUACUACUGAUGACGCUACCAAGCUUUACAAGGUAGCAUCGAAGGAAGCGUCGAAAUGCAUCUCAGCGUCUACGUCGACCACAACAGAUCUAGCACAAAAUGCCCUCAAACUCAUGUCUGUAAUCAUACGGGACCGCCGUGACGUAGCGGUUAAGGACGCGGCUGUCGAUAUGCUCCUCGCCAAGGUCAAGGACGACCUCACAGAACCUCUUUAUCGUCAUGUUACAUUCAGCUUCCUUCGGUGCGUUCUUGAUCGAAAGGUUGAAACAGCUACAGUCUAUGAUAUCCUCGACUAUGUUGGAACUAUUAUGAUCACCAAUGACGACAAAAAUACGCGGGACCUUGCUCGGGGUGCUUUCUUUCAGUUCCUCCGUGAUUAUCCCCAAAAGAAGAAUAGAUGGGUCAAACAGCUCAGCUUCAUCGUGGCCAACUUGAAGUAUGAGAGAGAAGGAGGUCGCCUUUCAAUCAUGGAGAUAGUCCAUCUCCUAUUAAUGAAGUCUGCCGACGAUUUUGUUCAGGAAAUAGCCACAACAUGCUUCAUCCCUCUAGUAUUCGUCCUGGUCAACGAUGAUAGCGAAAAGUGCCGCUUGGCUGCUGGUGAAUUAAUGAAGGAGCUCUUCAAGAAGGCAGAUAAGGAACGAACCUCGAAAUUCCUAUCACUGAUGCGGUCUUGGAUGGAGCAGGACGAUAACCCGUCUGUUUUACAAUUGGCGAUCCAGUCAUUCGCGCUAUAUUUCGAAGCUAGGGAGCCCACACCGAAGGAUCAUAAAGAUACAGACCUCUGGCUUGAGACUGCAGCUAAUAUACUAACUAAUUAUUCGACCUACUCGACGGACUCAGACUUAAUCAACACGGUUUUGAAAUCGGUACCGACCUUGAUAGAAAAGCACCCAGCUACAACAUUGUCGCAUGAAAGGUUAUGGGAAUCUCUCCCGACCCCUCUUUCACACCCAGACACGACCGUCAAACUCUCGAGUGUGCGUCUACUAGGAAUCUACCUAGCCGAUUUCUACGAGAAUAAGAAGAGCACCGAAAAAGCCCAGGCCAACAUUGGAUCCCACGGCCUCGAACUAUCUCCACAGAUGAUCGGGCAAAUGACGCUCUAUGCUGUAGGCGUCCUGAGUUCCGUGACCGUGCAAAGAUGGAAGAAGAGGAUGCUGAAGAAAGGUAUUGCGUUGCCAUUUGAUAUGAACGAUGAUGGGCUAUUAUCUGCCGAGGAUACAACAGAGUUGGAUGAAACCCUAGCUGCAGAAGUUGGCCGUGCUAUUUUGAUGUUGAGCAAAUUCAUGGGAGUUGGCUCGUCAGACUCCGAAUCUGCCGCCGACAGCGACGCAGCCAAUCAAGAUGAUGAGUGGGGCGGCAUUGACGAUGAUGAAGCGGCCCAUUCGAUCACUCUACAUACGCUAUUCGUCUGGCUUUCGGACGUGCUCGUUCAAGAGACGCGCCCCAAUGCCCGGGCUAUUGUUCCUAAAGUCGCAGCUUUGGACAUCUUAUACAUACUCGCCUCAACCUUGCCCAUCGAAUCUCUUCAGCCUUCCCUGAAUAUCCUCCUCACGCCGCUAUACCACCUCACAGACCCCUCCAUCCCAACACCGUUCUCACUCGACGAGACUUUUAAGACGCGGUACGAGGGAAUUCAAAAUAAAGCAGGCGAGGCCAUGGAUGUUUUACAGAAGAAAUUCGGCACUCCAGCAUACAUGAAGGAGAUGCUGGCCGUGCGCGAGCGUGCCAAAAAUCGCCGUGAGAGUAGGUCCAAGAAGAGGAAGAUUGAAGCGGUUACCCAGCCUGAGAGGUUCGGCAAAUGGAAGCAGGGACGAUCGGAGAAGAAGGUCAAACGGAGGAAGGAGAAGGGGCUGGAAAAUAGGAAUAGGAGAAGGGAGUACUAGGGGAGAUGAUUGGGGGCUAUGUACCUAUAUAUCUGCCUGAUGUAUUGAGGUAGACGGUUCUGAGCUAUAAAAGCUUGGAAGAUCACAAAAGAAUACUCUAGUAAAUAGUAGUUUCACAUAUAUAUCUGUUUAAGCGAGUAUAGUGCUUUCACUGGUCCAAUUCAAAGCACUAUAGAUACAAAACAC